AACAUGUGGAUAGUGGACGAACUGAUGGUAGACCAAAUGAAAAUAGACGGGUUGGCAAUUGGACGAAUCGAAAUAAACCCUUACAAAGACCAAACAAGUGACAAAUCAGAACUGUGCUUUUCGAUUUGCGACUGACAGUAAACAUUCGUGCUACGGUGCGUGCGGUGUCACCCACGCACCGUCCCAUUAAAGUUGUAAACUUUAGGAGGUGAGGAAUUGGCACCCCUGGCACCUGAAAGGAUCGCAAGAGAAACAUGGCUUUCGACGAUCUUCUACCCACGCUUGGUGAAAUUGGUACCUACCAAAAGAUCAUCACCGUCCUGUUAUAUGUCUUUAAAUUUCCAGCAGCUGCCAAUGUCUUGGCGAUAGUUUUCAUCGCUGCACCGGCUGAUCAUUGGUGCUCGGUAUCGCAUUGGGACACAGCCAAUUGCACGGAGCUGAGAUUGAAUGAGAGUGAGUGUGCUUUCUACAAGAAACACCUUGGUAUACCUCAUACAAUAGCACACGACUAUACCAUUACUUACGAUCAGUGUCGCAAGUACGAUGUAGCGCAUGUAUCGUUUGCUGAUGCAAUGACGUUUUACGCGGAAAAUACCAAUCAGAGCGGAGUUAUUUAUGACGUCAUAUCAUGUGAUGAGGGUUGGACAUAUGACAGAGAAUUAUCGGGGCUAACAAUAACCCAAUCGUUUGACCUGGUUUGUGACCGGAAAUACCUGAUCAAUCUAUCUCAAUCCCUCUUUUUCGUUGGCAUUCUGAUCGGAUCUGCAACCUUUGGGGGAAUAGCCGAUAGAUUCGGGAGGAGAGUGUCUCUCAUCCUUUGUAACGUGAUCAUUGUAAUCUCUGGGGUAGUUUCUGCCUUUUCACCAAAUUUCAUUACUUUUGUUGUGACGAGGUCCGUCGAUGCUGCAGCCUGCUUUGGAUCAGCUAUCAUCUCAUACGUUAUAGCUACGGAGUUCAUUGGCCCGUCUAAACGUGCAUUCGUUAGCGUCAUCAUGACGACCGCCUUCCCAGCUGGGUAUCUUCUUCUCACAUUAUACGCUUAUUUCAUCAACAAUUGGCGUUACCUUCUCCUUGCAUUGCACCUAACGUUUGUCCUCUACUUCUUUGUGUUCAUUUUCGUUCCAGAAUCAGUCCGCUGGCAGAUCUCCAAAGGUCGAUACAAGCAAGCCCAAGAGACCGUUAGGAGGGUAGCAGAGAUAAACAAGGUCAAGCUCGAAGACGACUUCUUCUACCAACACAACAUUUACAAAUCUAAGGAAACUGGAACACUUGAGAAGAAUCGUGAUCCGAAUCUUUCCGAUCUUUUCCGAACACCUAUCUUACGGAAAAGAACGAUCGUAUUGAUCAUCGUUUGGAUGGCUAACAAUCUGAUAUUUUACGGACUGCAUCUCAGUACCGGUAGCUUCGGGGUGAAUAUCUACCUUAGUUUCCUAAUCUCUGGUAUAGUAGAAAUGACUGCGAUGCUCCUGAUUAUGCCAAUGAUCGAAGUGAUCGGACGUCGAUACAGUAUUAUCGCUUGCCUCGCCAUAUCGGGAGUUGCUAGCUUUGUCGUCAUUUUUACCCCUAUCGGUGCAGCGAAAACUAGCGUUGCCAUGGUGGGCAAGUUUGGUAUCGCCUGCUCAUGGGCGGUAGGGCUGAUAUAUCCUAUCGAGGUAUUGCCAACGGUCACAAGGAGUGUGGGCGUUGGAAUCUGCUCAUCGGCAUCUCGACUGGUUGCUAUAGCAACCCCUCUUGUACUCCUCCUCUAUGACGUGUGGUCGCCCGGUCCUCUCGUCCUUCAGACAGCAGCCGCGAUGCUAGCAGCUGGCUUAUGCCUCAUCCUCCCGGAAACACGGGGAAAGAAGCUCCCCGAGACGCUAGAAGAUGGUGAAACAUUUGGAAUAAAGAUGAGGGAGAUUUGCCCCAGUAUGGAAAAGUUGCCAGCAAAAGUGUGAACAGCUUCAACUUGGAACAUCUUGGAAUAGGUUUCUCUUCACGAAGAUGAUUAAAACGAUUACACAGUUACCUUAUACACUGCUUUAUGCAACUAAAUUCCUGAACUUUGAUUGGCUAUGGAGACAGGAUCAUUAAAAUUUUUAUACAAAACGUGGCUCCAGAGAUUUAGCACACAUACCAUCGGUGGUCAUACGAACCGUCGUAUUAGUCAAUUCUGGUAAAAAAAAGGAGAUUCUUGCAGAAAAUGAAAGUAUAAGUCUUACUCCAUUCAUAACUAAAUUUUUAUGCAGCAAUUUAUUUUAUUUUUUUGAGAUAUAAGAGAAUUUUCACGGCGAUGCCAUACAAUUUUUUUUUCAAUAAAAUGCGCAAUCCCAUUGGAAACGUGUACUGUAACAGAGCGAUAUCAAUGCGCGCGGGUCAACCAAACCGUCGUAUCGGCACUGGGCACUGCAUUGACUUUGCACGUGAAAAGCGAUACGACGUUUUGACUAACCGCGCGCAUUGAAAUCGCGGUCAGUAAAAACAUCGUAUCGUGCUUUCCCUAUGAGGUUUUGUACAGGGAAAAUAUAAGCCGCUCAAACCGAAAUUACAAGCAUGUAGCUAUUUUGCCACCAUCUAUUUUCUCAGAUUCUUACUUUUGUGUUAGAAUAAAGAUACCAACGUGAAGCAAUUUUCUUGGUCUUUCCAAUCAUGUAUUUUCAAGCAAUGAUUAUGUUGAAAGGCUAGGGAACUAAGUGAGAAAGCUAUGGUAAACUUUGAAGUCGAUUUUUCUCAGAAAAAGGUGAGCACCGUCGUAUGAGUGAUACGACGGUUCGGAUGACCGCCGAAUCCGGAACGAAUCGUGUUUUUUCUGGUGGAGUUGUUU